AGCAGCAGCAGCAGCAGCCUUUUCCCCCUCGCCCCCUCGCCCGGGAAAGCAUCUCUCCUCCACCUCUCGUUCCGCGACCAGCAGCAUCAGCAUCAGCAGCAGCAACAGCGGUUGGAACCCGCAACUUCUUCUCUCUUCCUUUGGCGAGAAGAAGAAGAAGAAGUUGGCGAGGGCUCGGAGGGGCGCCCCAUAGCGGCGGCGUUUCGAACCCAGGACUUUCUUCCCCCGCUUCCCCCCACCUCUUCUUUCCUUCUCCCCUCCCUCCCUACAAGUUACACCCCCUCGGCUCCGCCUUUUCGCCUUCUUUGCCUUUGCCCUGCCUUGGCUGCCCUUUCCUCCCCCCCCUUGCCUUGCCUUGCCUUGCGCCGGCUUCGCGGACUAACUUCGCGGCCAGGGUGGGAAGCGCGAAGAAGGCGUCGGUGCGGAGCGAUGGAGCCGCCCCGAGGCGCGUGAAACUGGCAGGAGUGGAGGAGGCAGCGGCGGCGGCGGGGCCGGCAGCGGAGGCGCUUCUUCUUUUCAUUUUUUCCGGCGUGCCGGGCGAAGAAAACGCCGCCGCCCCGUCUGGUUUCCUCGGCCUUUUCGGCUGGCCAAGUGGGGAGCGCGUGGGGGCGAAGGGGAGAAACUGGUCGGCUGGCUGGCCGGCCUUCCUUCCACCUCCCGACCAUGGAAGAUGGUUUGAAACAGGAAAAUUUGGAGAAGUCAAAGAGUCCCACUUCAGGAGAUAAAGUUGGCUGGAUCAAGAAGAGCAGCGGGGGGCUUCUGAGUCUUUGGAAAGAGCGUUACAUCCGGCUCCGUAAAAACCAGCUCUUGGUGUACGAAAAUGAGGAGGAACAGAAAUGUGCUGAGAGUCUUGAACUGGAGCAUUAUGAUCGAUGCCAAGAUUUGCGAGCGCUCCUGAAACGGAGAAACAGAUUCAUUUUAAUCCAUUCUCCAGGAUGUAAGGUGCAGGAUAUCAAAUUCCAGGCAUCGACUCCAGAAGAAAAGGAAUUGUGGAUGAAAGCGCUCAACGAUGGCAUCAGCCGAGGAAAGAAUAAGAUAUUUGAUGAGGUGAAAGUUGAUGAGAGCCUUUCUCUGGAUCACGUAACUCGAGGCAGAGCCAAGAUAGCAAAGGGCCGUCGUCCACCCACCAGAAGCCACUUGAAAGAGGUGGCUAGGUCAACGUCAGAUGGGAUCCUGAGACUUGACUUAGAUAUAACAGACAGUGGAUCUCCAAACAGCAUCCUAGUGACCAGUGAAACUGCUGAAACUCCUCCUCCGAAGGAGACUCCUAAACCUCCAAUGCCCCCUGCAAAAGUGCCCAUGCCUCCAACGGAGAACCUAAGUGCCAAUCUUUCCCCAGAAGAUCCACAGGUCAAGAAGCCACCAAUGCCUCCAGUUAAGCCUCUUAAGGAAGUAGCAGCACCCGGCGAAAAUGUGAACUCUGUGGAAGGAAGCGAGGCAGAAGAGGAGACAUGUGAAGACUCUGAAGAAAUCGAAGAAGGUUUGGCGGAAACCAAACCUCCAGCACCUCCUCCGAAGAUUUUAUCUGAAAAAAUGAAGGUGGGAUGGGAUCAUCCAGGUUCUGAACGUCGUGACGUUGGAACUGAGAAGGCCCCUGGAUUAAACAAGGAAGCAGUCAAACCACCGACUCCUCCACCUAAGAUUUUUAGAGCCAGCUUGAUCUCCAACGAGAACGACGUGCAGGUAGACCUUUCUAAAGGGGAUUGGCAGCCUGACGGAGACUCAAACCUUGACGUCCGCGGCAUUGAUGACAACGCAACAACUCAGCCUGCUUUCCAGAAUGGGAAGGAGCAGGACGACCAUUCCUCGGAGCCAGCAGCAAAGGAGGAGGGCUCGAGCCUGCCUUCUGAAGACCAGGUUGACGGCGUGGAGCCCGUAGGAGGUUCUCCAGCAACCAAGCCUCGCAGCGCCUCUCUAGGGGCCUUGCUUUCAGAUUCACCCAAAAAGCCUCCUCGGCCAGAUUUCCAGAAGUCGUCUCUACUGCACGUGGUGCGGAUGGAGAAGAAAAUCGCGGAUGAAAAGGAACGAACUGAGAAGCUCCUGCAGAAGGUUCAAUGUGAAGAGCUGGAGCAAGGCCAGGAAAGGGGCAAGCGACUCUCGGUAGACGCAAAGGAGCUGCUCAACGAAGCCACCGAACAACUCCGGCAAGCCACCCAGGUCUUGCAAGAGGUCAAAGAUUUAGGGGAACUGAGAAGGGAACCUACCAGUUUACGGAAAGGGAUCCCGAAGGACCUAGCGACUGUUUAUAGGAGAAGCGCUCCUUAAGAAGGGAUUUGAAUUCUGAAUUUUGAUUUAGACGAAAGGUAGCCGGGCGGCACCAUUUCUACUGGGCUACUAGAUCAGUGUUUUAAAGACGCAUGGAUAGGGCAGCAGCCUGAGUCUUAUUAAGUGUUGCUUAUUUUCACACUGCCCCUUUCGUAAUCUCAGAAUGUGGGCUGGAUCCUGCCGGGCGGGGUGUUCUUAGAGAGGGAUCUGGUUAGAGGACCUCAGGGAAAGAUCUGGUGGUUUUUUGGGGGGGAAGACAAGCAGUAACUGGAAGCCAUAGGGACUUCCUACCAGGGGUGCCUAAAACAUUUCAAAUGUGGAAGAGUUUGAGAAAGAGAUCGUGAAGCCUUUCCAACUUGGUGGAAACCUCUUGCAAGUUCAGAACGGGAGCUUUGCGGUUCAGGCGGUGCCCUUUUGAGCUAGGAGCACGUCAAGUUGGAGCAGGGAUGUUGAAUUUCCCGUGCAGGCUGGAAUAUUUCGGGUUAGAAAAGUUUUGCACAGUCCUGGUUUUUGUCUUUCUGGUUUAUUCUUUCUCCCUCCCUCUCUCUCCUUCUCUCCCUCCCUCUCUCUCUCCCUCCCUCUCUCUCCUUCUCUCCCUCCCUCUCUCUCCCUCUCUUUCUCUCCUUCCCUCCCUCCCUCUCUCUCCCUCUCCCCUCUUCCUCUGUCUCUCUCUCUCCUUCCCCCCCUCUCUCCCCCCUCUCUGUCUCGUUUGCAAAGACUGCAGAGAUCAGCUGCAGAAUGAGAUCUUAGUGAGCUGGGUAUAUGGAAUGAGGCUGCAGUACUUUCUAAUCCUUUUUGUUUUAACUCAGGGUUAAUGUAGUAGGGCACAUGGGAGGCGGGGCUGAAGCAAGCAGUGGGUGGGCUCUCCUUUGAAAUCCUUUCUUUUCUCUCUCUCUCUCUCUCUCUUUUGUGAUGCUCCCUCCUCCUUCCUGACUCUCCUUUUUCUUGAACGGCUUUGUUGCAGAAAGCUUUCCUCAGGUCCCGUUCCAGCUUUUUAUUUAUUUGUCCCAAGCCAUGCAAGGUCCUUGCAAGUGGUGACAGUGUGUGCGUCCUGCAUUUAAAGACAAGCCCGCUUAUCACCAAGAUAGCCAGUGAUUAUUUUGGGGAGGCUCCCAAUAUAUAGACGUUGCUGACGAUGGGUGGCUGUUUUAAGUCUGUCCUAGCCAGGUAUCAAACUGAGCUACAUCAUCAGAUUGCAGAUCUGAAAUCGUCUUAGUUCCUACAUCACCCGCUUGCUUGGGGUUGGCUUAGCCUGCUGUUGCGUUGCUCACCUCUGGUGGCUGAUUGAACAAAUGAUGGUUAUGCAAAGGGUGCCUUUACCACAGCGUGGAAACACAAUUAAAGUCUUCAGCAAGUC